AUGUCCGGCGCAAAGGGGCCCCGGGCGGCUGACCUGAAGCCUCAACCCCAGCAAUCGGCUGGCAGGGCACUUUCAGAUACAACCUCCCCUAACGAUCGCCAACCUCCGAAGAGUGGCAAGGCAAGUAAAAGAAAACACCAGCAAGACGAGAAAGCCUCAAACCCGGGUUCCAAGAGGAAGCGGCCGACCACGCAACAAAGCUCUUCGGCCAAACCUGUUGAUGCGGUUGGGCACGGUGGCGCUACCCAGAGAACGGACGCUUCAAGCCUCCAAUCAGCGCUUUUGGACGAGAUAUUGGCAUUGGGGGGCAAUGAAGAGGAUCUCGAACUCAUUGGAGACCUGGAAUCCGAAUCGGAGACAGAAGGCUUAGCUCUCGACAAUCGGUUCACGGACGACAGUAAAUUGCGUGAGGAUUUACGGGCUCUCGCCUCUCAGCUUGGGCUUGAGGGGCUUGACCCAAACGUUGACGAGGAAGAGGCUUCCGAGAUCGAUGAGACCCGACAAGACUUCAAGCCGGGCGAGCCACAGGAUGAAACACAGACAGCUUCGUCGACAACUGUAUUCUCACGAGACACGCAUGCUUCAGCAACGAAGGACAAUGGCCUUAGGAAGCAGUUCAAAUUCGAACCUCGCGCAGAUUGGCACGCAGUACAACUAAGCCCUUUGCCCGAACCAAUCUCGGAUGAAAUCGACCCCUACAUUGGUGCUGUUGAGAGUCUCAAGGCCCAUGCCCGUGUACUCCUCGAUGAUGACGCCGACGCAUACAGCAAAAGCGUUUUGGCAUCCUCAUCACACAAAUUCCUCUCCACCAUCAUGGCAUCUGGAACACUAACGGACAAGGUGUCGGCCCUCACCCUAGCCAUUCAGGAAUCUCCCCUCCACAACAUCAAGGCAUUUGAUGCGCUGAUGAGCCUCGCUUCUAAGCGUAGUCGCGGGCAGGCCAUUGGUGCCUUAGGCGCCCUCGUGGAUUUGCUCGGCCCCGGCCUCAUUCUGCCCUCUAGCCGCCGGCUAAAAACGUUUCACUCCCAGCGAGGAUUGUUAGGGGUCCUCCAGAAGCACAACAUUCGCCGUUGGACUACGUCACAACAGCUUCCCGGCGCACUGACAGAAGCCCACCUUAUUGGAUGGGCCUACGAAGACUGGUUGAAGGCUACGUAUUUUCAAAUCAUUCAGUAUCUUGAGGUUUGGUGCGGGGACGAAAUCGAAUACUCACGAACACGGUCCCUGGAUUUCGUCUUUGCGCUCCUCAAAGACAAGCCCGAGCAGGAAACGAAUCUCUUAAGACUUCUCGUCAACAAGCUUGGUGAUAGAGAUCGCAAAAUCUCAUCAAGGGCCUCGUAUCUUUUACUGCAACUGCAAAAUUCCCACCCAGGAAUGAAGCUUGUGGUCAUCCGGGCUGUUGAACAGGAAGUACUGCUCCGCCCUGGCCAAAGCUCUCGUGCCAAGUACUACGCUGUCGGUACGCUCAACCAGACAAUCCUCAGUACUCGCGACCCCAAGACUGCGGAAGCUCUCUUAAGCUGCUACUUUGAGAUAUUUGUCACCUUGCUGAAGGGCUCCGUGCUGGGACGAGAAGACGCACCCAAGGAUGAUUCUACUUCAGGAGUCCGUGGUCGAAGUCAACGUGGCAAACCAAAGACGGCGACACCUCCAACUGAGCGUGACGCGGUUGAGAAGCUUGUGUCGGCCGUCCUAACCGGCAUUAACCGUGCUGCCCCUUUCCUACCAGCCAAUGAUCCAAUAAUGGAGGCACACAUUGACACCCUUUUCCGAAUCGCCCACUCGGCAAAUUUCAACACUAGUAUACAAGCCCUUAUUCUGAUUCAACAGUUGUCAUCAACACGCCACGUCGCUCAUGAUAGGUUCUAUCGGACUCUUUAUGAGUCCCUUCUCGACCCACGACUUACUACAUCAUCCAAGCAGGCACUAUAUCUUAAUCUUUUGCUUCGCUCACUGAAAGAAGACGUCGAUACUCGUCGCGUCAAGGCAUUCGUCAAAAGGAUGCUACAGAUAUUAGGCCUCCACCAGCCCUCAUUUGCAUGCGGGAUAUUGUACAUCGUACUUCAGCUUCGCCUGCAGUUCCCAGAUCUUCGGGCACUACUUGAAGAUGCUGAAGAACAUGGGGACGCCGAGGUUGCUGCAUCCGCCACACCUGGGGACCUAUCCAACGUCGUCACCUCGCCCACAGACUAUGAUGGCCGAAAGAGAGACCCGGAACAUAGCAAUGCGCAAAAUAGUUGCCUCUGGGAAAUUGCACCGCUAUUGUGGCAUUUCCACCCCUCAGUGCCAGUUUUAGCGCUCAGCGUCAUUGAUAGCGAUGAAACCGUACAGAAACCAGACCUGGAGAGCCACAGCCUGAUCCGUUUCUUAGACAAGUUUGUCUACCGCAAUCCGAAAGCGACGGAGGCAAACCGGGGUGUCUCCAUCAUGCAACCACUCCAAGGAUCAUCGGAUGCAUCCAAUAUAUACCUUGGAAAGAAGCAUGGGGCGUCAACCACAACCAUUAACCAUCCCAACUUCUGGAAUAAGAAGAUUGAGCAGGUUGCAGCCGAUGACGUCUUCUUCCAUCAUUACUUCGAGCAUACCGGCAAGCAGUCGAAGUCGCAGGUACCAUCGCGCAUCGAACCGUUAGGAGACUCGGACAACGAAGAUGAGGAUGAAAUCUGGAAGGCGCUUACAGCAUCGCAUCCUGAUGGGCCCGUUGAUGAGAGCGAUGGAUCCGAUCUUGAUCUCGACGGUUUUGACGACGACAGUGAUGAUGCUCAGGGCGCCAGCGAUCUCUUUGCUGACGAAUCCCUUAGCGAAGGCGACGACGCAAAUGAGGGUGAAAGUGAUAUCGACACCGACGACGACGACGUAAACGGCGGGGUUGAGAUGCUCGGCCCAGUGAACCAGGCUUCUGACGAGGACAGCAACGCUGAUGUUGACUCCAGCGACAAGAAGAGGGAGUCUGAGACUAGGUCCGCUCGUCGGAAGAGGCUCAAGAGUCUUCCCAUGUUUGCCUCUGUAGAUGAUUACGCGGACAUGUUGGGCGAGGAGGAGGACAUGUAA